CCAAACUUCAAUCGCGUACCUACCUAUAAUGGGAGGACUGUAAGUGUUCAAUCUGGCCUCUUGCUGCAGGUGCUGCUGGUAUAGCAAGGCUUGCCUGCCGAGUCCGUUUUGCGAUGGGCGAUGACGCACAUACUAUCGCAAACGACGAGGCGCGAACAUCACAGCACAUGCGCCCUCUUCUCCUUGCCGUCUCUGCACCGGCCGUCUAGCUACCAAAAGCCAUAACUUACCUAUAUUCCUUGAUAAUCCAACCUUCUUUCAUCCCUCUACAUGACCGCACAGAUUGCCACACGACCCACCUCUGGACUCCUUAACCCGCGUCCUGCUAUUGAAGCGCGGACCAGCAUCUGACAUAUUAACCAUGGGAGGACAAAGACAUGUCGGUCCAAUAUCAGCCGCAUGUCACGCCGCAGAACCGAGUACUAAACGAAAGACCGACCUCCUCAUCCUAAGGUUGCACAAAGUACAACCUCCUCUCGCCAUACCCUGGAAAUGCCCAACAGAUUAUCAGUGAGCUAUUGUCAAGUGCCCUUGUCAGCAGGGCUCGCUUGUGACUAUGAAUGGAUGUACGACGGCUCUUCCGACUACCUGACGCACCUCAGAAACCCUCUCUCUGUAAUUGGCUCGGUCGAAUCCUUCCAUGACCAUGGUAUACCUUCCGACGAUGGCCUCGACGAAGGCUUGCUACUCGACCUCUGCGACUCAGUCCGCUCCAGCCUUGGAGAAAGACGCAGACUGGGACCACGAUGGGAAGAAGCUAUGGGGUUCUUGGAGGCCGUGUUAAAAGACGAGGUCGACGGCAUGCCAAUGAUUGAAUUCGCAACCAUCCAGAACGCACGCCUCGACAAACUACUCUCUGACAUUGUGAGCCCCGGAAACCGCCCGAUGCCGACUCCGACUAGGUUUCGAGACGACGUAAUAGUAGCAGAGCGGCUUCAAAGGCUGUGGAGGACCCGAUUUUUGGAGGGCUACUUUACCAUCGAUCAGUACCGCUAUCACAAUCUCCCCAGAACAGGCCGACUCAAGGAUGUGGUGAUGAACGACACCGACGAGAGCUCACAGGGACGUUGGAGAGCCAAGACUCGUGAAGCGCUAUCAGAACUCGAAGGAAACCUGAAAUUUGAGCCCGGACAUUGGUGGCUAAACUUGGCCUGCGCUCAUCGCGAUGGCAUUGUUGGAAGUGUACUGGAAACACCCACCAAAGGGACGUACGGUAUUACAGCGCUGCCCCUCGUCACUGGGUGGGAGAAUGUAUAUCUGCCUGGCGGGACGGUUAAGUAUGUCAAAGAGGGACAUAUUUCGGAAGUCCAUGUAUCGCUACUAUCCCAAGUCGGCACUCAAAUCCGGAUCCUGCGUGGGCAUCGACUUCACAGCCCACUCGCCCCAAAGGCUGGCAUACGAUACGACGGGCUAUAUAUCAUUCGCCAGUAUGGUCAAAGACUCAACCUUAGAACGGGGCUUCACCGUGUUGUUCUCACUCUCGAACGGGUCAACGACUCAUUCUCUGUGGAUGGGCUUAUUAGAAUCCCUCGCCCCUCGCAGCUGGAUGACUGGAAGCUUUUUGAGACGUACGAGGGCGAGAUGGUCAAGCAGAAGGUGGGACAACGAGGGUUCCUUGACUGGAAGAUGGAGAGGGCCCAGGAGAGAAUGGACCAGGAGCAAUACAUGAGGACGCUUGCAUUCCAAACCUCGUUGGAGCUGGCCAAAAUAGGGCAGCCGAGUCCGGUCCAGUCUUUUGUCAAGACAAAGGGAAAACGAAUUGAGCCAAUGUAAACAAGAUACCAUAAAUUGCUGCAAUCGGAAAAUAUUUGAACAAAGAAAUCAAUGCCCAGCCGAGGUUGACGAACCUGGCGCAUCUGCAUAUCAAUCAUCGUGCACCAUUGGGUGAGGGGCACUUUUCACCCAGAUGGCGGGGCACCUAUUUUAUUUAACCCACCA